AUUUGCUUCUUCCACCACUUUAUCCUACUUCUUUUGUAUCUUCCAUAAUAAUCAUGACAUUGUCACGCAUGCUCUAUUGUCGGAUUCUGCUAAAUGGUAUGGUUUUCGUGAGUAGUUCAAGAAUUAGGGUACACUGAAAAAAGGAAUACUACCACAGUAGAUGAAACCGCAGCAAGUAAGAAAACGAAUCGGAAUUACUAGCUUUCGAACUUUUAGUUCCCAAAACAGUAAUGGAUAGAGUAAUCCCUCAUGCAUGACCGGAACUGCGCCACUACAACCAUCAUUUGUGCGUUGAAAUCAUUUAAAUAGUGGUGUGAGAUUUUGGUUUGUUUUCUUUACAAACAUAUAUGCCUUCUUUACUAUCGAUAAUUGGCAGACCAAACGACCACAUCCACCACCACAAUCGAUUGGGCAUGCCGACAAUUACGAUGAAUGCACCCUUUUACGAAGAUCAUCAGCAACCGUUGCCGAUGAUACUACAAUUACCGGACGAACUUUUGAGCGAAAUAAUGCUUUUUGCGAAAAUCACUGACCGACUUCGCUGCGCACUAACGUGCAGAGCAUGGUAUGAUCAUUUCGAAAAAUAUCCCUAUGCGUUAUGGGACACUAUCGAAACGAACGAUAGCUGGCUAUUGUACAAACUCGACAAGACCGUGCGUAAGAACAAAGCCCUUGCAUCAGCUUUUGGACAAUAUGCUCGACAUAUCAAGUUUGUUCUUCCGCCGAGUCACGUUGCUUAUUACGCCACAAGAGCCUUAUCGAAUUCUCAGUGUCACAAUAUCGUAUCGUUGGAUUUGUCCAAUGUCUUCCAGUUGUCCAUACAGAGCUUUCUUGAAACGAUUCGCUUGAGCCAUAAAAGCUUGCGAGUGAUACGCCUUAUCAAGGGCGACGUCAUUGCAGCAGGAUAUCUCGCAACUAUAUUCAAUAUAUGUCAUAACCUGACGCAUUUCACUUAUGUUGGUCGACAAACAUCGCCCCAGGAGAUCCGAGAGGCCCCUGAAAGUCUUGUUGCCCGUACGUUCCACUUGACCAGCCUGUACCUGGAAUUCUCGUUAGGAGCCGAUAUUGUUCAUUUACCUACGCUACUUGCAAACUGCCCACGCCUCAAGAAUUUGCAGAUACAUACAUUCGAUAGCGAAGAGAAUCAGCAGAUACUAGAGCUUGUUACCAUGCACUGUAGCAACCUUUCCAACUUUGUAUAUCACAGCUGGCAUAACACAGUCGCGUACGGCAAGCGGAACGAGUUUCGACUUUUCGGCAAACAACUGACGUACUCUUAUCGUGCAAUACUUGAUCCUUCGACGACGCCAACGGAUGAAGGCGAUGACAUCAGUGUACACCAGAAGGAUACGACCCUUUUGCCAUGGGUGCUUAAAAGCCAUAUGACGGUAGAAACCAUGUCUGUCUCACUUUGCAUGCUACGACCGACACGACGAGCAAUGCAUUUAUUGGGCUCGCUACAUUUUCCGCAACUGCGCGAGCUAAAGCUACAUUGCCUGUGUCAAAAUGCCAACCGGUCAUACCCUUCAAGCAAUUUAUGCAGCUUUUUGCAAGCAUCGCCGAAUUUGGAACUUGUACACUUGUUUGGCCUUAACUCUAUCAACAACAACGUCCUCAAGGUACUCGGUCAACUUGAACGCCUCGAACAGUUGGAGGUCACGCUCGGCGAAGCAAGUAUGGUCACCCCUCAAGGCAUUCGCUGGUUAUUCGAGUCAACAAAGACGUUGCGACGCGUAUCAUUUGGAGGCCUAACCAAAUAUUUUACAAAUCAACAUCUUUUGGCGACUACUGCUCUUAAGCACUUAUAUUCCUUGAUGAUUACAGCCGCAUGCGCCGACAUAAGCACGAGCGGUCUUUAUCAAUAUACAGACAAGAUGCGUGACUCUGAUAUCAAAAUACUACGACUGGGUAUGGUUCCUAUGCUGGACGACAGAACUAUUUUGGCGUUCAACCGACUGCCGAACCUUUGCUAUUUGGAGAUUGCUGCUACCCAAAAAAAUCCGCGAAGUAUCGGAUUGGCAUUCGAUGAGCUCGUUGAAGCACGCGCUAAAGAUGAUACCCAUACUUUAGAAGUAAAAUACACCGAAGCAUAUUCCUCUCACUUUUUCACUAGCGCUGUUGCUGGUAAUAUAGAUAUUUUCUAAGAGAAAAAAUGAACGUACAUACAGUAAAUGCUUGUCACAAGUGUGGGUUGAUUCAGUCAUGGUUGCCUUUUGCAUAUU